AUGCCUUUGCCCUCCCUCGAGACCCAGAGCAGCUACACCAACGACGACGGGAAUGCCUUGCUCCCUCGUGCCGCCAGCUACACUGACCUCCCUAGCCAGGCCGUAGCUGACCAGCCGAGUCUAAGGCGAACCUUCUCCGACUACGCCGUCCCCACCCUGUCCGACUCGCCGACGAAGGAAAGCGUGGCCGCUGGGAAGGACAUUCUACGACGGACAUCCCUACGCUCCAAGAAAGAGCCGCCCGCAGCCGUUUCGCACUUUACGCUGUCGUCGUCGGAGGACCUCAAGGACACGGAGUCGCUGAUCCCCAAUGCUUCCAAGGUGCCGGAAACUAGGGCGCCGGAGCCGGCUGUACGGCCGUCAAAGAGUCGCUCCAUGUCCGGGCGGAUAGUCAGCCUCGCACGGAAACCAUGGAGCUCUUCUUCGCGAUCCCCGUCCCCGUCAGCCAAGAGAUCGAAGCAGCGGCCUGAAGAAUCCCCUACCACAACCCCUACCAAGACUGGACGAAAGGCGGAGAUGACAGAUUCAGAUUCGGAAAAGCCCUCACGCAAGCGAACCAUUUUGUAUAAACGGCCGCGGCGGCCAAUGCUUGCAGUGGUAGCGAAAGGAGGGAAUGAAGAGACUCCUAGCUCGCCCAGCAGCCCGUGUGGUAACCCGCUACGGCAACGGACGUCUUUCGACAAAUUCACGGCUUCUCUCUCCGUUUCAACACCGGUUCUCCCGCCGAUGCCCAAAGGGGCCGCAGCAAAAGCGGCGGCAGCAGCCUAUGUAAACAGUGGAAGUGAUCAUUCGCGCAAAAAAGACGAGCUCUGGGGCAUUUUCCGCGGCCUCGAAGCGGAUUAUCAAAAGUUUCAAUCCAAAUCGAGCUCCUUGAAAGCCAAUGUCAUACGAACCUCACUCCUCCCCUUUCUCAGCCGCCAUCAUCUCCAUGCAUCGUGCAAGAAUCUACGACCUGAAGACUUGGAUCGCCGAGUGAAUAUUCUCAAUAAAUGGUGGAUUGGCAUGCUGGAGAUGCUCAAUGGCAAGAACAACCAGUCGAUAUCUGGAACCGACAGACCCGUCUUUCUGGAGGCAAUUGUGGGCAUCAUGACUCGACCGGAAUGGCGUAUCCCCUUUCCCACCGUGCAUCCGGACGGCGGACCUGCAGACUCGUUGAAACAUGCUUCAACUUCAAUAUCAGAAACGUCUGAUGGGUCCGGUUCGUCGGGAUCGGGCUUUUUGGUUGAGUCGAUUCAUCAUAACAUCCGCAACAUCUUCACUCAAAAUCUUCUGUCUCAAAUGCAGUUCGUGGUGGAACGGAUGUCCAUGAGACAUGCUCCAGCUAGUCUGGUGGCCUUCUGUGGCAAAGCAUGUGCGUACGCCUUCUUUUUCUGCCCCGGAGUAGCAGACGUUUUGGUUCGUCUGUGGAGCACACCCCCUGCUGUAUUCCGUCGCAUUUUGGUGGAUUCUGCCAAAUCUCGACUUGGCAAUAUGCGACCAUACGCCCAGGAGCUUUCUUUGAGCUUCCCUGCGUCCCUACGGCCUCUGGCCUUCAGCUCACAUGGACAUUUGCUGCGAUAUUUGCGCAAGAAACCGGAGGCACCUCUGAACACCGCCAACAUUCCCUGGCACGGUCCGUGGAUAGCACGCUGGUGCGGCCGCGACACGGAUCUUUUCUUUGUCUUUGUGAAAUACAUCCAUAUUUUGUACGCCGAGUACUUGCCGCCAGAGACAGAGAAAGCCAUGCGGAUACUGGCGCCCGGCCUGCUUCUCAUCCAUGCGCAGCUGCUGGUCGCUCUGGAGGACACAAUCUACAAGCAAUCGAUGCAUUUGAUGACUGAGAACACUCAUUCUGCAGCCGCAAUCACCUUUGAUGACUUGAUUGAGUCACCAGAUGCCUCGGCUCAGGCUCAGGCUCUCGGAGGUGGCAGGAACAGUAAUCGAUCCAUGGCCGAAAACCGUCUGAUUAUUCUUCUGCGAGAUUUCCUCUCUGAAUCCUCUGCGGAACCAAACCGUGCUCGGUUGCUCUAUGCUGAGACUUUCUGUGGAAUUCUCAAGAUCUCUGCGCAGCGGAUUUCUCUAUUCGACCACAAUGCCUGCUUUCUUCUGUGUGACUUUAUCGAAGAGAUUAUCCCGAUCAUCACGCGAUAUGCCCAGUCCAUCGAAACCGAGUUGUUUGAUUGGAGCUUCUGGUUGGAUGUGUGUCGGCGGAUGAUGCAGAGCAAUAACUCUCUGACUGAAGUACGGGUGUUUUCUUUCCUAUACUGCGUCUGGGGCACCUGGACUGCCGUUGAUGAGAGGAAAGCUGGACUAUGUUUGGACUUUUUGUUACACGAGCCCGUCUUCUACCAUUACUUCAACCACUGGAGUCCAAUGGUACGCGCCUACUUCCACCGUCUUCUGUGCUGGCGACUCGGUCGUUUUAACGGGGAGCCUUCAGCACUCGACUCUACAAUAUAUGAGACUCUCUCUGAGCGGCUUCUCCGAGUUUGGGAGUUUUAUAUUGGAUUCCAGUCCAAGGCUGAAGAGGGCCUUACUGCGCCUUUGUCCUCUGCUCCCUGCACGCCAGCCCCAGGGCGCCGAAUUAUCAUUAUUCGGUGCGACAAUCAAAUGUCCCCGGUGAACCUCUUUGUCUCUUUCGACCGAGUUGUUCCACCAACCCCUACUGACCAAGUCAUGACGCACCGGCGGUCCGGCUCUGCAGACUCGACUGGAUCGGAUGGCCAGCCUGUCAAGAAACGAUGGGGUCUUCUUCGGGCCAUGUUUGGCAACUCAAAUCUGCGAUCCACAGAUAGUGCAGGGGGUGGCAGCAGCUCAGAUGAAUCUGAAGGCGGCGCCGAUCUGACAGUGAUGCCCGAGAGCAAAUGCUUGGAGAAUCACGAGCCGAGCCCGAACAGCAGCACUGACCAGCUCUCCCGACCUAAAACUCCUCACCAGUCGUUCUUCUUCAAGUUCUCCCUGGAGUGGAUGGACCGGCCACAAUGGCCCACUAAGAACAAGCGGCUUUUCACACCCUGCCUCCCAGUCGCUUCCCAACUACACGUGCAGCACCGGCGCUCUCGAACGAAGUCAAUCACCGAGUUCGACACAGUAUCAGAAGGGGUGUCCACCGCAGAGAACACCGUGGAUGAAAACCCUUCGGAAAUCUCGACAGAGAAGGACCUUCCAGAACCUGUUCCCGAACCCCAGCCGAGGGCAGCAACCACCAAAAACUCCCCGCUUCCGGAGCUGCCAUCCGCACCCUCCUCUGAUCACCUCGUCCCUAGCAAAUACGCAGGCCGUGCCCUGGCCGAGUGGGCACACAUCGUCUCGGAAUGCGACGGUUUCUUCGCACGACGACGCGACGAGGGUGUACCAACCGAUCGCAUGGUCGAAACGCCUACUCUGGGCGUCGACAGCUUCAGGAAAUAG